UUCCCCAAACACCGGUUUUUAUUGCAUCGUUUGUUUUGAUUCCAAAUGUUGUGCAAAUAAUGGAAAGGUGUGUAAACAAAUCGAAAAAAUAAGAAUUUUUUCUUGCAAGGGCAUCAUACUAAGAUUUUUUUUGGUUUCGUGAUUAUUACGCUUUCAAACAUUUAUAAAAUGCACUAAAACAUUAAAAAUAAUGAUAAAUUAAACAAAAGAAACAACAAAACAUAAUAGAAAUGAGUGAAGAGUUCGAAUUAAAUGCAUUACAAAAUGGUGCAGAUGAAAUAAUAAUAACAAACAGCAGCAAUACGAAGGCAGAAUAUUUAAUACGACAAUUAAAUGCAACUAAUUUUAAGAAAUUGGCCUUAUUUGUAGUGGUUGGCUUUAUAGUAUAUCAUGGCAUACUUAAUUGGCAAUAUGGCAGUGACUCCUGCCAAUGGCUUUUGUCCAAAGGACGUUUUAAAGGCGAUAAUGAAUGGCAACCUUAUGGCUGUAUGAUCCACAAGUACACGCAAACCGAUACUCGACGUUGUUUGCGCUACUUGGCUUUUUGGAGCUAUAAAAAUCACUUUGUAUUCAUAGGUGACUAUUCGAUCCAUCAAUUGUACAAACAAUUUAUCAAUCACUUACAUCCUAGCGAUGAUGAUAAUGGUUCAAUGCUGCUACAACCACCCAUCGACACUGAAUUUGAGGAUCGUAAGUUAAACAUGAGAGCCACCUACAUAUUUGCCAAUGAAGUAACUGAUUUUCUGCUCGAAUCUCUCACAAAAUUCGAAGAUACCAAAGAAGUGCGCGCUGUUUUUGUUGUUGGCUUUACACAUCGUAACUUUUUGAACGGCAAUGUGACCGAAGAACUUUUAAAACAAUACUCUAUAAAUUUAACGCGUCUCGUGGUGCCAUUUGAUCGUUUAGUUACACAGAAAUCUAAAGUUUUAUGGAAAUUACAAGAUCGCGUAAAUGAAGAGAAAUUAUCGGAAUUGUGGAAAUUGGUGAAAAAUGAAGAUAUCGAUCGUUUAAAUCAUGUUGCGCGUACGGUAUUUCGUUAUACAGACGCCACAAUUUGGGAAUCGGCUUGGCAUAUAUCAAACGGUCUGGUCGAUAGUGCUGUCGAUGGAUAUAAGUUGUGUUCUCUGGGACUGACACACUAUGUACAAUUGAUGUUGAAUAUGUAUUGUAAUGAUUAUAUGAAUUACAAUGAUGGCAGUUGCUGUAGUAGCGCCGAACCGUAUACACUAUUGCAGAUUGUUACGUAUGCAGUGUUUGGAGUGUGCAUAAUUUUAACCUGCGGCAUUUUCCUUAGACGCUGGCUUUUAAAUUUACGCGGUCAUACUUUAUACUCACCGCUGCAACCACAACGUCACGAUCUGCACACAGCGACUAUGACAUCAUCAGCAACAAAUGGAUCUUCAUCGUUACGUUUGGCCGGUAUGGACUAUACCACACCCGUAGUGGCCAUGGCCAUGUUGGGCAUUAUAAUGGCCUAUUUCUAUAUAUGUGAUCGUACAAACUUCUUUAUGAAAGAAAAUAAAUACUAUUCUGAAUUUAGCUUUUGGAUACCGGUAGGUUAUGUUUUUGCUCUUGGUCUCUUCUUUACCGAAGAUUCCAAAUUUACCAAAGUCCUUAAUCGUGAUCAAUCGGAUGAGCUAAAGGGUUGGAUUUUAUUGGUGGUGUUGAUUUACUAUAUGACGGGCGCUCAUAGAGUAUUGCCCAUUCAUAUGCACAUUAAAUUAUUGUUAAGUGGCUACCUGUUCCACACAGGCUAUACACAUUUCUCCUAUAUGUGGCAAACUGGCAAUUCGGGCUUUGUAAGAUUUUUUCAAGUUAUAUUUCGUUUGAAUUUCAUGACAGUGAUUUUGUGCUUUUGCAUGAAUCGCCCCUAUCAGUUUUAUUAUUUUGUGCCGCUUUUGUCAUUUUGGAUGUGUGUUGUAUAUUUUUUACUCUCACUACCGCCUCGUAUUACUGCCCAGUCAGUGGAGUCAAAUCCCUUGCAUUAUUUGUAUUUGGUGGGUAAAUUUGUGGGCUGCUUUAGUGUUGUUACCAUAUUGUUUAUGUCGGAGGUGUUCUUCGAAAGAAUCUUUGUUACCCGUCCGUGGAAGGCUCUGUUCGUUACCACCGACGAUGAUAUACACGAGUGGUGGUAUCAAUGGAAAUUAGAUCGUUAUACGGUCAUGUUUGGCAUGAUAGCCGCCGCCUGUUUUCAUAUAGCCCAAAAAUACAGUAUAUUCGAUGAUAACAAUCAUGGCAAUCUGUUUUCCCGCAGAACUUCUAUAACUGUAACUCUAUUAGCGCUCCUGGGUGUAGGUUUCUAUACGGCCUUCUCCUUUCUCUGUCGUAAUGAACAAAACUGUGAGGAGAUACACUCCUAUAUAGUGUUUAUACCCAUAGUGGGUUAUAUUAUCUUACGAAACAUAUCAGGCAUGCUGCGUACUCGUUACUCCACAUUUUUUGCCUGGUUCGGUCGCAUCUCAUUGGAAUUAUUUAUCUGUCAAUAUCACAUAUGGUUGGCAGCCGAUCGCCAUGGAGUUUUGGUUUUACUUCCCGGGUUUCCUACUCUAAAUAUGAUUAUUACUUCGUUUAUAUUUGUAUGUGCCUCGCACGAGGUUCAUCGUAUUACUCAAAUUUUACUGCCUUUUGCAGUGCCCAAUGACUGGAAAUUAGUUACGCGAAAUUUUAUAAUAUUUCUUAUAAUCCUUAUACCCAUAGCUCAUUCCGAUGGCAUGUUUUAGGAAGAGCAACUGUUUUUUUAGGUUUUCCUUAGCGAUUUUUGUUUUAGAAUAAAUUAUUUAUGAAACGUGUUUUUUUUUGUUCGAAUCCGUUCAAUUUCAUUUUGGAAACUGUUUCAGUGAUUUAAAAUUAAAAAAAACAAAUGUUUCAGAUUUGCAAAAGGGCUUUAAAAUAUGUACUUCUAAUAUCUAAUAUUUAUGUUAAGUUACCUGACCUGACUUGAAUUAAUUUAUUUUUAUAUUGCAAUGUAAUUCCAAAAAAAAUUCAAAACAUGUAUUGUACUUUAAUAAUAAAAUAACUAGCUUGUAUAAGAA